AUGGACAUAGUGCUCCAAAUUGCGUGGAGCGCAUCAUAUUCGUCACAAAUAAAACGUGGCAAAAAAGCGGAGAUAGUGUCAACAGCUAGCAGUUAAAAAUUUUUUCCCAUCGAUAAGAUGCAAACUUCCAGCCACUCUUCGAAUUCUUAAUCUCAGAUCACCUAUUCUCAAAAUUAGCAGUCAGCAGAUCUAACGAUCCAGGGCUCCCACUCAAUGCACAUCCAAUAUUAUAAGAACCUAAACGCCCAAUAAAGAUUUAGUCUUGGAUUAUAACUCGAACUUCUUUCAUUAUUACCUUAAAUCGCUCUGAAAUUGCAAUGAAUUAUGUUAGUGAAGUUUUACUUCUUUUGAAGUCCAAUUUUUUGUUCCUCUUUAUAAAACAUAGCAGUUUGUUUAAUGAAUCAUAUUGUGAAGUGAUCACACGUGAAAUUUAUCCUUCUCAUUUUUUAUUAAAUCCACCUCCGUCAACGUGACAGGUAAGCAAUCAGUAGAUGAAGCAAUAGUAAAGUUCAAAAGCAAAGUUAGUUUCAUAAACCAACGAGUGGUAAUAAGAAUUUAUGUUCUGAUAGAGGUCAGUAUUGGUUAUAUUAGAGCUUUUUACCAUAUUAUAGCAGAGUUUCACGCAGAAAAAUUAAUCAGACCUUCCAACAAGUUUGAGAAUUAUAGCGCAACUAUAUGCAAACCUGUUGGAAUCGAACUCUGA